AUCUGUUUUUUCUUCUAACUGAAUUGAGGUUUUGAAAAUUAUUAAAUUAUAAAAUGUCACGGUUAGUCAUUUGAUUACUAGUUUUUACAAGAACGAUAUUUUACAAAGGAGUAGAAACUAAACGAAAACGCAAACGACUAUGGAGUUAUUACAAUUAUUAGAAUUUCCCUUGCUCAUACCAAGGUCUCCACAAACAACAGUCUACAAAUGUUAUGUUUAUACCAGAGCUGAAUAUAUUACAACGUUUAUUUCAGAUCACAAAUGUUGAAGACUUUGCGUUUGAUGGGUUAGACAAACAAAUCUCGUUGGAUAUGAGUUACAAUAACAUCAAUAAAUUAAGCAGAAACACAUUAGCUGGGUUAACAGGAGCGUAUUCACUACAUAUGAGUAGUAAUAACAUAAGUGUUGUGGAUAAAGAUGCAUUUACACAACUCGUCUCUUUACAUGAUCUCAAACUAGACCAAAACAAGAUUGUACAUUUGGAGGACUUUACCUUUCAAAGCAUGGUCGAUUUACAAAACCUGGACAUGAGUCACAACAAUUUGUCUGCAGUUACUAAUAAUACGUUUGUCGGGUUAACUUCACUUUUAUGGUUGAAUUUGUCAUAUAACUGGAUAACAACCAUUGCCCAAGAUGCAUUCAAAUCAUUACAAUCAAGCGACAUUGACCUCAGUUUUAAUAGGUUACAAAGUCUUCAGGUUGAGGUUUUCUCUCAUCUUACAAGCACAGCUAAUGUAAGACUAGCUGGCAACUUGUGGAAUUGUGAUUGUCACCUAAGGUGGUUGAGAGAAGCACUGGACAAUGCCACUUAUACCAUUGAGCUUCCGUACACUCUCAAAUGUGCAACACCAGUCAAGCUCGCAGGAAAGUCUUUCAUUGAUCUUAAACCAAGCGAUUUUGUGUGUAUGUAGGACGAAAUUCAUUAUUCUGAGUACAAAUAGAUAUUUUAUAUGUCAAAUUUGAACAGACUUUUAUAUGUAAAAUGCAUAAUCAGAUAAAAUAUAUACUAGACACGCGGAUAAGAAAACAUUGUUCAAAAUUUUAUGUGCCAUUUAUUAUAUAACGCUUUCCAGUCUGAGAAAAAAGGGACAAUCAGCAUUGCGCAAAAAUAUUCCCUAUUCCCGAACCAUAUUGUGUAUGUUUACUGUGUAAUAUUUUACAUGUUUGAAAAAUUGUAAAUAGUUAUACAGGCAAAACAACAUUGAAAAUAUAAGAAUGUCAUUAUUACAACCGAAUACACCGCUUUACGAUACGAUUACAAUAGUAGUUAAAAUACUGAAUAAAUGAAAUUCGAAAUUUUGAUAGAUUGUUUGAUUAUCAAUACUUU